AAGUUUAUAACAGUAACUCUACCCUGAACAAAGUGUUGCUAAAAUUAUCUGGGAUCAUUCGGCUGGAGGAAACUCCUGGGAGAAGCAGCAGAACAGAAGGCUAGAGAGUGUGAGGGAGGAAAAGGGAGAGAACAGAUCGAGAGAAAGAGAAGAUUGUUAUUUUAACAACUUUCAAAGAGUUUUGCUGUGCGCUGAAGAGGGGAUGAACUUUGCAGUAGGCUACAAACCAAUUCUGGGGAACUCGAACACCAUGGAUAACCUGGAGAAGCAGCUCAUCUGCCCCAUCUGCUUGGAGAUGUUCACCAAACCUGUGGUGAUCCUGCCCUGCCAACACAAUCUCUGCAGGAAGUGUGCCAACGACGUUUUCCAGGCUUCUAACCCGCUGUGGCAGUCGCGAGGCUCCACUACUGGGUCCUCAGGGGGGCGUUUCCGUUGCCCUUCCUGCCGACAUGAAGUGAUCCUGGACCGGCACGGUGUCUACGGACUGCAGAGGAACCUGCUGGUUGAAAACAUCAUCGACAUCUACAAACAGGAGUCCUCCAGGCCCAUCCACACCAAGUUAGAGCAGCAGCUGAUGUGUGAGGAACACGAGGAAGAGAAGAUUAACAUCUACUGCCUGACCUGUGAGACGCCCACCUGCUCCAUGUGCAAGGUGUUCGGAGCUCACAAAGACUGUGAAGUAGCUCCUCUACAGAACGUUUAUCAACGGCAAAAGACUGAAUUGAGUGAUGGCAUUGCUAUGCUGGUGGCGGGGAAUGACCGAAUCCAGGCUAUGAUCUCCCAACUGGAGGGAAUUUGUAAAACUAUUGAGGACAAUGGGCAGCGGCAGAAGCAGCACCUCUCUGAGAAGUUUGACGCCCUCUACAGUGUGCUAGAGGAGAGGAAGAAGGAGCUCCUGCUGUGUAUCACCCGGGAGCAGGAUGAGAAGCUGGGCCACGUCAGGGCUCUGAGCCGGCAGUACGGGGACUAUCUGGAGGGAGCAUCCAAGCUGGUGGAGACAUGCAUCCAGUCCAUGGAGGAGCAGCAGAUGGCCACUUUCCUACAGCAUGCUAAGGAAUUGAUUAAAAAGAUGACAGACACUGCCAAAUCAUCGAACAUGGAGAGGACUGAGCCAGGGUACGAGAACAUGGACCAUUUCGUAAUCAACGUUGAAGAUGUUAGUGACAUGCUGAGAACCAUAGACUUCCAACAAGUGUCACAGGGAGAUGACAAUGAACCGGUAUGUGAGGCUCAGGAGGAGGAAGAAGUGGCCCAGCAAAGCACAGAUGAAGAAAAGCCAAAAACUUCAAAUUGAACAAAUGUUGCCAUCACAAGAACCCCAACAAAGCUGUAAAACAAAGCAGUUCUUGGCCUGUGGUGAGCAUCAGGGGAAAGCAAUGCCUCUCUACUGUUAAUUACUGUUUAGGAUUGACAGUCACAUAUAAUUAUUACUUUUCUUUUAAGACUUAUGUUUGGAAUGAAUUGUACACUGUUGUUAAACUGUCUUUUCUUGAAAAUGGUUUAGCUACUUAUCUCUCCUUUGGUGUGUGAGUGUCUGUCUUCCUGUGCACUUCUCACUUAAACUGUACAAUUUCUCUCCAGGUAUCAGAUUGAAUUGGAUUUAUAUUGUGAAUUCAGAUGUCGUACUUGCAUAUUAAAUUAUUGUUUUUCAGCUCGGGUCCAAUGAAGAAUGAAGAGAGGAGAUUGUUUGCUUUAUAGCCCCAGUUGCAACCUAUCAUUAGCAUAGACAAUGCAAGUCUGCAGUUGGUUUUUCCCACCCAUGAUUAUGUGGCCUGUGACAUGGACAAUUCACAGUGAUGUCAACAACUGUACAAAAUAAUAACAUGUUAGAGGUGAUGGAUGAUUUUCUGUACAUGCAAUUUAAUUUUAUUAAUUGUAUACAGUAUGUUAUCAAAGGCAUUAUGAUAUUUUAAUAGCGAGGUUGCAAAGCCAAAGCAGUGUAUUUUUACAAAAGCUGCUCUUUCACGCAUAGAUUUCCCAGACAUACCAGUUAAUAAUUUCACACUCGUAUCUCGUAGUUUGAGCUAUUCCAGUGUUAAUAUGAGCAUCAAUGGUAAGUUACCUGUGUUGUGUGCUGUGCCUAGUUAAGCUCACUCUGUAAGUUUAAAUAGCUCAAACUGCUGUGCUAUUUUAUACUUACCAGCAGAGUAGGUACAACCCCUUCCAGACAUGUCUGCAGAGGGGCAGCUGAAGGAAAUACCUGCAAAGAAAUAGCACUUUCCUUCAUUUACUGGAGUGAGAUAGUAACUGUUGGGUUAUUAUUCUCUAUCCCAAAUAAGUAUAAAAAGUUACCUGUGACUGGAUUAUUAUUUCACCAAUAAUAGUAAGCUCUAGAAACACCAGCGGCUUUUUUUAAAACUAAAUUUUCAACCUGUUCAAUUUAACGUUUU